AGCUGUCCCCCUCUAUGACCUGCCUCACCCCUCUGCUCAUUUUGCCUUGAGUUUCAAAAAGAGACCGCAUGCUGGUGGGUCCCCGGCUGCCAUGCCGUUUGUCGGUUCAGGAAACACGUCGUAUGUAACACGGACAGUGUAGUAGUGCUGGCUGGCCUUCUGAAUGCACUCGACAGCCAGCAGCCGAAGGCCUCUCUGCUUAUCCGUAUCAUCAAACUCGUCAAACGGCACGAACACGCGCAUCUCGACGUGCUGUGGCCUCACGAGAAAAAUCAAAUCGAUGCACGACCGCACACACGCAAUGCUGACGUGAAUGCCGUCGUAGUCUAGAUCGGUGUCUUCAUCCUCCUCGUCUAUGAAUAGGAAAAAGCGGUCAAUUGACGGGAAUCGCCAUCGACCAGGUGUGUGUGCCGAGAGCGGACUCAGAUUGUCAUCCAAGUACCAACUCGGCACACGCACCCAGUCUAAGGCGUCGACAGAUACAUACGAUAGACACUUCGCUAAGUCGCCCAGCCGCCUGACUUCCAAAGUCACUUGCUUGAGAGAAGAGAGGGACCCGACCAGCGAGGAGAGAGGAUUGGAGCUAGCAGGUAAGCCAGUAGAGAGAGAAGCCAGGCUGCACUCGAGCGAAGUGACAGAUGGCAGGUGUCGAUUGCCGGCGCCCUCUGUGCGCUCAGUCAGCCACAGCGGGAUGCUCUCCAUCGUUCUCUCGGCAGAGUCGUAGCAUGAGAUCUCCAGUUUCCUCGCCGUGUCGAAGAUGAGCAUGCCGCCACAUGGCGAGGAGUGAACCGGCAUGCCGCCACAUGACAACCGAACCUGAAUGGAUCCAUGCAGAGACGUCAGCGCCACCGGUUCGCCACGUGUGUGUGCGUGUGAAUGUCUGUGUCUUCCUACCUCGUCUACCCUGCUCGCGAUCUUCUUGAUGGCAUCGCCACACGCCCUAAGGUGGCCGGCCGGGCAAUCGUCACGUCCUGGCUGCAGCGGACAGUGAAGCAUCGAGACUUGGAAGGCUUGGACCAGUCGAUGUUGCACUUGACGCUCCUCGCCCACUCGAGCAGGUCAGGCAGCGUCAGACGGUACCGACCGCCAAUCGGCAGACGCUGGCCGGACGUCGCACUGAUCUCGCCGUGUCUGUCACAGAUGCUCAGAUGCUUCAUCACACCUGACAGACACGGACGGAAGACAUCAUGACAUCUAAUUCGUCCCCCUGCCGACCUACCGAGGCGAUCAGGUCUCCUCCAGAAUGUAAUCUCGUCGUGCAGGGCGUCGAACUCCCACUGGCAGGUCUCGAGGUCCCCGAUGGACGUGAGGUUGGGGCACUGGGCGCACAGCGAGACGAAGCGGCGCCACUGGGCGCUGGCCUUGGCCUCGACCGCCGCGUCGAUGUGUCUCAAGGCAGGCGCGUGCUCGAUGAUGUAGUUGAGCUUGGAGAGCUCGCGGACGGCCCACACCGAGCCGGUGUCGAAACUCUUCAGUCGUGAGAAUUGCCAGCUAGAUUCAACGACCCUGACAGAGGAUAUCAGGACAUCAAUCAAUCAAUCCAGCCAGCCAGAUGCGGCAUCCACCCAUUGUCCCUUGCUCACGUGCACAGGGUGUCAAAGUUCGUUAUGCGCAGCUCCUCGACUUGCGGGAAGACGACAGGCGACGCUGAGGCGGCACGAGGCUCACGGCUAUGCCGUACAUGUACGUCGCCCAGCAUGAUGGCCUUGAGUGUCGGUCGCGACGCCUCCAGGCACUCGAAAAUGAAGGGGGUCGCAAUGACUAGGUGGACCGUCUGCAUCUUCGACUGCAGCCGGCCAGAAACAGACGGAGAUGAGUGAAAUGUGUCCUUGGGAUCGCGCCCCUCUGCCUGCCUGCCUGCCUGCCUGCUAUGCACACUCACCCACCAGUCGCUGCUGGAGGAUCUUCUUAUGGGUGGGGAUAUCGUGAGCGUCACGCGUCUCGUCGUACAGGUCCAGCUGCUCAGCGCGCUUGCUAAAGGUGUCAUCCUUCCUCGACGGGUGCACACUUCCUCGUCCUCGGAUGUGACGAUCAGGUUUCGAUAGACGCCCAUCGUCUCGUGCGUUAUCUUGCCGUACAGCUCUAGGUUGACGCGUGACAGCCGGGCUGUGUGGCUCGUCUCGAUCAGCGCGGCCGUCAGGUUGAUGACCACCUCAGGAAGACCCGGCAGACACGGACGGCCGUACGAUGACUGACACACACAAAACCAAUGAAUGGAUAAAUGGGUGAAUGAAUGAAUGAACGAUAAUCCCGCAUGGAAGCCGUCUGCUGCAGAGUGCUCACCUUGUCUGUGGCACGAUUUGGUCCUCCCUGCUGCCGAGGCUCAGUCACGGUGUCCGGUCCACCUGAACGACACACGCACAGACGACCAAGUCAUGUUGCGAUACGUGGAGUACCCACACACCUGCGGCGCCAGCAGCAGCAGCAGCUGCAGAUGGUGAUAGUGCAACGUCCUCUAGAGGCAGCUGCACGUGGCAGGCCAAAUCGUAGUCAUCCAUCCACCCACCCAUGGUGAACCGUCUGUCUCGAUUUGUUUGUGUGUCUGGCCGCACCGCUAUCGAUUUGCCGUGUGUUUGGUAGCCAUCUUGCUCUCCAUACAUGUCGAUCGACUCCUCGUCGCCCCGCCGUGCUAGAACUCCACCAGACUGACACACACACAACACGCACGGACACACACUGACGCGGCGGGCGUACCUCCCCCACCCCCUUAUCCGUUUCCUCCGCCAGGAUCCUCCCCUUACGUCGGCUAGUGUGUGCGCUUCUGCGAUAGUGCUAAUUUCGUCCAUGGCGUCGCUGAGCGUCGCCUGAGCGCCGGCGGGAGAGCUCGUCACCCUGCCGACCUGCCGACCACAAAAAACAACCAAUAUCCCACCUUGUGUUGCCUGUGUACAACAUCAGACCUCACCUGCACACACAGCGGACAUAAAUGCAGGCAUGCAGGGAAAUCCGCCUGUGCUUACCGCUCUUAGAGAUUAGCGCAAUAGUGCGCCGCUACGCCCAUGCCUGCUCAUGAAUGAAUGCGAUUCGAAUGAACCAUUGUGUUUGCUGUGUUACCUGUCCUUUCGGCUGGGCCAUCAUCUCUAUCCAUCCGG